AUGUUUGAUAUUAAAUCACCAAAGCGUUUUAUCAAAGAACAAAUCAAUGAAAUUGGGCAAUGGUGGUCGUGGUACAUAAGAGAAAUAACGUGGCAAAUAAUAAUUACAUUGAUUGCAUAUCUCUUGGUUUGCAUCCUACUCUAUAUAAUUUUGAAAAGAGUUAAUCAUCAAGCAUGGCAAUUACCAGGACCACCAUCAAAAAUUCUAUUUGUAACAGCACAUCCUGACGAUGAAGUGAUGUUCUUUGGACCUAUGAUUUACUGGCUAAGUAAAUUUAAAACUACUAAUGUUUACUUAUUAUGCUUCACUAAUGGUGGACAUAGAAGAAGAAAAGAGGAGUUAUGGGCUUCUGCUAAAAUUAUAGGUAUACCAGAGGCUAACAUCACUAUAAUAAUAAAUUCAGAGUUACCUGAUAAUCCCAAAGUACAAUGGCCCGGAAGUAUUAUUUCCGAAAAUAUUUUACAUUAUAUAGAAACAUAUAAAAUGAAUGCUGUAGUUACUUUCGAUAAGCGUGGUGUGAGUGGUCAUAAAAAUCAUAUUUCAUUGUAUUAUGCCAUUGCUUCUUUAUGCAUAGAAAAGAAAAUUCCUUCGUAUUGUAAACUUUAUAUUCUUGAAUCUGUAAAUAUUUUAAGGAAAUACGUACAGCUACUAGACUUGCCGAUUAGUUUAUUAACGUCUUCUUAUUGGUAUUUAGUCAAUUAUGAGCAGCGUCGAACGAUACAAUCUGCAAUGAAGGCUCAUAAAUCUCAAUAUGUAUGGUUUCGUAAGUUGUACAUGACAUUUUCACGUUAUACAUUUAUAAAUACACUUCAAGAAGUAAAUGCGUUAGAUUUGGAAUUUGAUCUUCAAUACGAAGAUGACUGA